GUAGUUGGAUGUUUGGAUUGUUCGCUCGAUCAGCUUGGUCACACUACUCUAGCUAGGAAAAAAAAGGGGAAAAUAAAAACUAAACUCGGACGAAGCAACAACAAGCAGAAGUUUCGCCAGCGGAGUGAAGUGAACAGAUUGUAUUGGAAAAUCGCACCACGACCUUAGAUCGGCAUUCAAAAUGUUCGCCAGCAAAUUGUUGAUAUGCUCGGCCCUGCUAAUGCUAAGUGGCGCAGUGCUCUCUCAAUCAUCGAUUAGCUUGAAGGAUGCAAAGUUCAAGACUCCCGAUGCGUCUUCGGAGCACCCAGCCCCACUGACCAGCACCACAACCACAUCAACCUCAACGACUUCGACAACUACAGAGAAGCCAACCACCAGCAGUUCAACAUCGACGAUCGCCCCGCCGACAUCCCCCACAACCUCCACUGAGCCACCAAAGACGACGACCACACCAGCACCAGUGCCAAGCACGACCCCGGCCCCACAACCAUUCCCGUCGCCAGCCGUGGGCACUUGGAAUGCCUCCUGCAUUAUGCUCCAAAUGGCAGCCCAACUUAACUUCACCUACGAGACUAAGGAUGGAAACCUUACUCACGGUCUGUACAACAUCCCUAGCAACGCCACGGUUGAAGACAAAGAUUGCGAUAAGCAGACCGUUCAGACUAUUCAUCUAAUUUGGGGACCCGAUACUUCCAAACAAUCGUUCCUGAUGUUUUUCGACAACAAGAACGACAGCACUGUGCUCUCUUCCAUUCAAAUCCACCUGACCCUGCUGCCUGAGGAAUUCCCCAACGCCAAGGAAAAUCAAACCCUUCAGCUGAUUCACAGGAGCGAUGGAGAGUUCAAGACGCCCGAAAAGAUGUCCUACCAUUGCACACGAGCUCAGAAGUUGAACCUGACCGAGACCAUUGAUGCUAAGCAGUUGAUAGGAUGGAUCACCGUCAGCAAUGUCCAGGUGGAGGCUUUCCGGUCGGCCAACGCCACUGGAUUCUCCACUGUUCACGACUGCGACAGCUCUGAGACGUCGGACGUAGUACCCAUUGCCGUUGGAAUUGCCCUGGCCGCACUAAUUCUGGUCGUUCUAAUCUCUUAUCUGUGUGCCAGGCGUCGCUCCACCUCCCGCGGCUACAUGAGCUUCUAAGAGAAGUCGAUCGGUUUCUUUGGGGCAGGUUAGGAAUGGAAUUGAAGGAGAAUGGAAAGCAAAUCGUUAGAGAGAAAAUUAAGAUUGAUUUUGAUAAUUGGAAGCUGUCUGUGAAUAUGAGAAACGAUCCAUUUUGUUUUGUACCUUUUGAUUUGUAGGAGUUGAAGUGGUUUGUUUUGUCUAGGAAUGAGAGAAGGAGGGAAAUAGAAAAUCAGCAAGCUAGUGAUGGGUGAAGAAUAUCAAAAAAGUUGAUCUGUAAAGCUGUUUAUGUGUCUGUAACUGUCGAAACUUUGUAUUGUGAAAUGAAAUUAGUUAUCACACAUUUUUUCUGUCGAUUUGACCCAAUUUCCUUAAAGAAAACAGAACAAUGAACAAAAAUUUUAAACUUGCAAUACAAGCACAUUUUACUCCACAAACCAAUCACUUAAAAUUAACUAGCGUGUCAUUUAAAUAAGGUGAAAUCGGGCAAGGACAAAGUUAUGAUGAUGGUUACGUACUAUACGCCGUUCGACGAUACCAAGGCGACAAUUUUCUAUCCGAACAGUCGAAAUUUUAAAUUUGAAAUCUUAUUAUAUCAGAACCUAAAAAUGUAUGUAUUAUUGGCCUUGAGAGCGUAAUAAAGAUAAUAUUUAAAAACCAAA